AUAUGGAUUCAGCAAAGACAAGAGCAAUGAGCCUGUUGAGGGAUGAAGAUCAGCUGAUGAGAAGGAUAAGAGAGCAGAAUGGGCAGGAUUUAAAUUACGUGGACUACUGCCCCGAAGUUGUCUGCUGCUACAACCCUUGGUGCGGAGAGAUACUCACUUGGAGCAACAGGGCCUUGGCCAAGCUCAGGUUUUAUCACCAGGACUCUGUGUGGCUGCUGGUUGUUUUUGGAGGCACGAGGAGGAGGAGGGAGGUGUGCAAGUGAUUGAAGAGGUUUAGGGCGAGGGUAGUCAAUACUUUGAACUUUUCAGGGAAUAAGAUUGGGGAUGAAGAGAGAGUUGAUAGGAUGGUUUUUGGAGCAGUGUGAUGGGUUUUGCCGAGAUUGACGGUUUCGUUGUAUUUAGCGAAUAUUAGUGUGUCUAGGAAGCAGUUAGAAGUUAUUUUAAAUAGCAUCAGGCAUUUGGAUUAUUUGUGACUGGAUACUUGAAAGAUUGAUACAAAAGAACUUAAAAUACGACAAGACAGAACUCCAGAUGUUAAAAAGAUAGAAUUGAUAAAUUGAUUUUCAAAUAGAAAAGACUCAGAUACAGUUCCAUUUUGUCUUGAAGGACUAAUUUCUUGAAUAUCAAUAUCUUCACUGCAGUUCUCCUUAAAAUCAAUUUGAUUCCAAAAGUUGGUUCCUUCUCAUAAAGAACUUUCCAAGGUUUCUAAAAAGUACAGUAACUCUCAAGUCAAAAUAAUCGUAAUUGACGGUUGAUCUUUAAAAUACAAAAGAGUCAAGAAGAACUCUCAUAAAUGCAAUUUAUUUUAAAUAUAUCACCACCAUAUCAA